AGUGGGCGUUUCAUAGCAUUGUCGGUUGUUGAUGGUGGAGGCUUUCUUAGUCGCCCAGCUUUUUCAGCGAUGUUUAUCCCUACUCUUGAGGAAGACAUGCACCAUUUUAAACCGAAUCGACACAGGUUCUACACAACGCGAUGCUGUGGGUGUUGCCAUGUCAGGACGGGAACCAUCAUUCUCGGCACUUGGUACAUGGUGGUGAACCUGUUGAUGGGCAUCCUGCUGACUGUGGCCGUGACCCACCCAGAGAAUGUGCCCACUGUCGACUUGCAGUAUGAGGUCAUCGAGCACUACUUUAGCCACACCUUCCAAGGAGAGGGGAAUGUCCUAAAGGAGAAUGCCUGUGUGGGAUUCGCCAUCUCUCUGCUGAUGCUCACUAUCAGCGCCAUGAUGGUCUAUGGAGCCAUUACUCAUCGUGACGGCUGGCUUAUCCCGUUCUUUUGCUACCAGCUCUUUGACUUUGCUCUGAGUUGCCUGGUGGCCAUCAGCUCCCUCACCUACCUGCCCAGGAUAAAGGACUACAUGAAGGAGCUGCCAGACUUCCCCUACAAGGACAACCUGCUCUCCAUGGACUCCAGCUGCCUGCUGCUCUUCGUCCUCGUCUUCUUCACCUUUCUCAUCAUCAUGAAGGCUUACCUGAUCAACUGCGUGUGGAAUUGCUACAAGUACAUCAACAACAGGAACGUGCCGGAGAUCGCCGUCUACCCUGCCUUUACGGCGCCUCCCCAGUACAUCCUGCCCACCUACGAGAUGGCAAUGAAGAUGCCAGUGAAAGAGCCCCCUCCCCCCUACAUGCCUGCCUGAAGACCCCCCUCGUGUGUGUGGCCUCCUACAGCUCGCAAUUUUUAACCCAGCCGUGCAUUUCUAGCGAGGGAUACUCUUUUAAAGGCCCAGUGCAGUCAAAAAUGUGAUUUCCCUGUUUUUAUAUACAUUUCUACACUGAGGUUGGAAUAAUACUGUGAAAAUGAUAAUGUCCUUCAAGUUGUAUUGGUUGUAUGUAUGCGAUACACGGAAUGCUUACUUACAGGUUCCUUCUCGACAAUGCAACAAUAAUAAGAAACAAUACAAGAUGAGAAUACUAACAAAGUAUAAAUGGCUCAGUAGAAUAACAUUUUUAGCGUGAUUAUAAUACAGGAAGGCACAAAUUAUAGUCUAAUAUUUGUGUGUUUUGGGGGUAAGUGGUUAAAUGGUAAAAUAUUUGGUCCUUUUAGUGUAAGAGCUGUUUGAAAAGUGUGCAUAAAAUGUUUGCCUGGUUUGGAGGAAUGGAGUUUUGACCUUCCAUGGUGACUUCACCAUGUAGUAAAUUAUGUUAAUAGACCACUAAAGGAAUGAGUCCCAAACUUUGCCAAUAGAGGCACAUUUUCAGUUCUCCACUCAGACCACACCAACAGUCCGAGCAAAAUUGCUCUUUGCUAAGAAGCAAUUUGUUUUCAAUUAAAAUUGUCAAAAACAAACAAUCACUGUAGGGUGCUUAAUUGUUACCCAGAAAUGAUUUCAUAUUUAGAUUUUAAAAAGCAGCUGCAUUGGAACUUCUAACAUUCAAAUCCAGACCCCAUAAUAUUGUAGAUAAGUGAAAGGAGAGUGGAGGAGCAGAUCAAGUAGUCUGCCAUCGGAUGACGUGAAAUGUAUAAAGCGAUGAAAGCUUUCUGAUCUUUUAUUCCCCCCCCCCGUCUUUUUCCAUGUCUUAGUAAAAAAAAAAAGUUCUUGUGAAAAUACCAUCGCUUGAAUGCCUAUCACCAGUUCAGUUAAUCUUUAGAAUAAACACCAUCCUUUCCUUAUAGAUUUGAUAUUGUGUGACUAAAAAAAAUAAACAUUCUUAAGACAAUCCACUCAUGAUCUCUUAUUGUUGAAUCUGUUUUUUUGUUGCUUAAAAUCUAGAUUAUUUCAUCCAAAGAGUUUGACGGGGGACAUCUGUAGCUCUUCAUCCCUUUAUUUAUUUAGCCUUGGAUGUCCAUCUGUUAAUCCGCCACCUGUGUGUGCCAUGUCCAUUAUCCGCCGCCUUCUGUGUGACCCUGCGUUGUUAGCUUAGAAAAGCUAAUGAAUUGUGUUGCAGUUAAAUGACCUGAUGCUGCUGGUUAAAGGGAAAGUACACUCCAAAACCAAAGUUUAUCAGAUGAUUUCAGACCUCAAAAGUUGUCUGUGAAGAUAAGUCUUAUUUUAUCUCAACAAAUGUCCACUUUGGAGGUCUGGAAACAUCUGAUAAAUGUUGGUUUUGGAAUGGAUUGUCUUGUUUGAGAGCGAUGCCUUAUCGGGAAAGUGGAGGGAAUAAAUGGCCAGUGGUGGAUGCAUGCUACUCUUUCUGCCUUUUUCUUUACAUUGUGUUUUGAUCCUUGUGAAAAACACAUUCAAUAAAAAUUUUACGACAUUUGUAUUCAUCA